AUGAGGCGUUAUACCCACUGUAGCGCUCGUUCAUUGCUGCCGAAGAAAAACUGUGAUGAUGGACAGGUGCGAACGACGCUCGAGCAGCAGAUUUUGUUUUCAAAAGAUAAGGAAUUGGUGCCUGAGGUGAAGGUCAAGCGAGUAAGCCAAAUCAAGGCUGAGGUUUAUGAUAGAUACGAAAAGCGUUACUCAAAACCUUCUCGUGAAUGGAUUAAAAAAAACAGGCUUUUGUACAAAGGAAAUUUCACAGGGCGGUUUAUAGACCAGAAGCUGAUAACUAAAGCGCACAAGGACCUUUUUAACACAAAGUUACACGAUCCAAAGACCAAUAAGUUUUACAUUAAUCCGGAUAGACUUUAUAGCAAGCUUUCUUUGGGUGAUCUAUGUCUUUUGGAUCAGCUUCCGGACCAGUUAGUUAUGUGUGUUGAGAUGCCGUCCGAUGAGAUGGAUGGACGCUUUGCGUUUGCGAAACAGGAUGGAACGCUCGUUUACUCUGUCGCGAAUAGGGUUAUGCUGCGGCUACCUCGAUUUAAUUCAGCUUCGAUAACCGAUAUCUGUGCACGAGAAGCUGAUCAUGGGUUUAAGCCUGUUGGAUUAGUUAAGAACGAUAUAUCUGUCACCUAUUUGAUUCCAAACUCCGCUCGACAGUUAUUUACGUCAUAUGUGCCGAGUAAGAUUACAGAGCUAGCGAAGAGCUUGAUGCCGGAAACAUGUGCUAAGUUAGAGUUAAUUCACCGCCGUUUACAAUCGCAUGAAAGUCCUUGGCAGAUAUCUAUAUUCAAAUUGGUGGAAAUAGUUUCGGUUUUGGAGUUACCCACAGAAGGUGGUACUGCACAUAAGUUGCUAGAAGCUGCUCUGCAGAAAGUUGGAGUCCUACCUGAGGAAUUAAGUGAUCUUCCCUCGAGUAUGGCAUUGAAGCUGACUCCACCUAAGCAACUUGAUGCUGCGGUUUUCGUUGCAACUUAUUGGGCUCUUUUACAGCAACAGGGGUUGCAAAUGUGGGGUGAGAUUGUAACGCAUCGGGCGCUUUUCAGUCCAAUUUCUGUAACUGUAUUGCCUUUUGAAAACCAGGUUUUAUUCUAUCAAGACGUUAUCAAAAUGCUGGAGGAUAGUAACUACUCACAACUGGAUAAUUUUGCAUACUUAGUGAAUAAGGGGGACUAUUUAAGCGCAUCUGCUCAAAAUUGGCAACUCAUAGAUCUUCUCAGUGACUACUGCGCUGGAAACUUCCAGAAUAACGACUCAGUAACAUAUCUUAUUGCGCGCCUUUUCAGAAAACUUAAAGAGUACCAGGAUUUAGACGUGUCUCGGGACAAAUGCUUUGAACUCUUGAAGAAACUUCGUCCUACUACAUCUCCAAACCCGUUGCAUUGGUCUCAUUUAUUGCAGUUGCCGGAAUCCUCUAAACGCUCAAAACUAGACCAGAAACUAUUCGAUGUGUCAGUUCCCAGAUCAAGUGAAUAUGAUAUUAAACGCCCUAUAUUUUAUAAAGAAGUUUGCUACUGCAUUGAUAGUGAAGAUGCUCUAGAAAUUGAUGAUGGAGUCGCAGUCCGGCAUAUUAGAGACCAACGCUAUAAAGUAUUUGUUCAUGUGGCAGAUCCUGCUUCUCUGUUUAAAACAUCACGCUUAGUUAAGGCGAAAUAUGACCCUGUACUUGCAGUAGCUAUGAAUAGGGCAUUCACUACUUACCUGCCAGAUAAGUCAUUUCGCAUGAUGCCGAAAAGUUAUUCCGAUGAAGCUGGUCUUGGGAAAUGGUUGGAAGCCAAAAAUACUGUAACGUUUUCUGUUGAUGUUGAUCUAGCAACACAUGCACUAAUAUGCGAGGACACUUUCAAGAUUGAAUUGGGCCGUGUUACGAAAUCUAAGUCGAUUACCUACAAUUUUGUUGAUUCUGUUCUUAACAAUGAAAAGUCCGAGACACAAGAAGAAUUGGAUUUGAAAGUGCUGUACAAAAUUGCUUCAAAGCUUAAAAACAUUAGAGUAAAAAAGAAUGGAGCUCUAACUUUCGAUCAUGUGAGGCAAGGCAUACUGAAAUUACAGCCCAAUGAACGCGGCGAACUGAUAAACGUUACAUUUUAUAAUGAAGAACAGACCAAGUCAAAACUUUUGGUCUCGGAAUUAAUGAUUAUGGCCAACAUGCUUUCAGGGAAAUAUUUCUCCGAUAACGGAAUUCCUGGGAUUUAUCGUUCUUGCCAAGAGUUGGAUUUAAAAAAUGAAGCAGCAACUUCAUACCUUAAGAUUCGGAAAUCUUUAAGGAACGGGUCUUCAGUUCCAGAAACGGAGCUAAUGAAGAUAAGCCCCUUUUUCUCCAGUAGUUCAUACAGCGCUUUUCCUAGACCACACACGAUGGUAGGAGCAAGUAAGUAUCUUACCGUGACGUCUCCUCUCCGCCGGUUUCCAGAUUUGCUGAACCACCUACAAAUACACCGUCAUUUACGUUCUCUACCAUUUGUUUUCAGUCAAGAAGAUACCGAGGGUAUCAAUUGGCACAUUUUAUCUCGCGAUAUGGCACUGAAAACCCAUUCGCGUAGGUGCAACAAAUAUUGGACAUUAAAAUAUAUUAAAGAUCUAAUUGAGUCAGCUCCCAGCAAGAAUAGAUGGACUGUUUCAAUAAGUUCGUUGCCAAACAAUGGCUUUGCACAAUGUCGCAUUCAAAACCUGUUCUCAGCAACAGGUAUGAUCAAGCUUGACAUGAGUGACGAAAGAAGCGCUCUUGUUGCUGGGGACUCAGUCACGUCCUGUUAUGUAUCCCGAUUGGACUGUUUAGAAGGUUUGCUUGAGCUCUCUUUAACGAAAGAGAGUACUGUUAUUAAGGAAGGGGAACAAAAAGUAUAA